UGGUUUCUGUAGGGGAUAAACCAAUCGCAAUCAUUUACUUUAAAUUUCUAAUCUGAUUGCGCGCAUAUUAAAAAGCCAGAAAUUUCAUCGAAAUAUUUUCCGCUUUUCCACAAAAUCUGGCAACACUGCGUCGACGCAACGGCCGCCGCCGCGCCGCGCCGCUGUUGCUGGAAAACAAAAACAAAAGAGGCAAUCAAAGAAAAGCACAAACAAAGUUUGGUUUUGUUUAUUAAAGUAAAGCUUGCUUAAUAGCAAUGAUAUCUUUCAUUGAAAUACUUUCAGACUUGCUUUAACGAUUCGGCGUGUUGAUUUUUCUGGUGCUAUGCUCUUAAUUGUUCGAGCUGCAUAAAUGGAUAGCACGGAGCUUUGUCGUUUAUGUGCCACAGAAAAGGAUACUUUUGUCGACGGAUUUGUUAGAAUUUACAGCGAUGAAGGUCAGAAAUUUGGCUUGGAGAAGAAGAUCAUUAGAUGUCUUCAAAUCGAGCUUUGCUCUGCCGACACACUUCCCAAAUCUGUUUGUCUUGAAUGCUGUAGUAAGUUACAUCAAUGUGCUGAUUUUGUGGAGAGUAGUGCCAGAGCUCAAGCUCGUUUAAAAAUAAUGGUAGAGCAUACUUUAAAAUCCACUAUUUCUAAUGAUUCGGAUGCUAAAGAAAAUGCUAAGACUGAGGCUUCUGAUGCACAAGAACAAAUUGAUGAAGAUAAAGAUGAUGAUCCAUCCAAGUAUUUAGAGUGUGUAGUCAAUGAAGACAGCUCAAGAUCUGCACCCUCACCUGUAGCAUCUCCCCUACCAGAACCAGUUUUAACUGAGCCUUCUCACACAGAACCCUCUCAAACUGGAUCCCCUCCUAAAGAUCAAGACGUUUCUUCUGAGCUACCACGGUCACGUGCAUCAAAAAGAAAAUGUAGACUUCCAGUAAGAGUAAGCAGAGUGUGUUUGGAGGACCUUGACAACGUAGACUUAGAUGCUGCUGAAAUUUCAAAAAUAUUUGCUGAUGAUGAUUCAGAUGAAGAAGAAACUCGGCGUAAACGAAAAAGUCGUAAAAAACGCAUUGCUUCAAAAGCGAGCAAAAAAAAAUCUUCCAAGCAUAAGUCUAAAAAACCUGACAAAAUUGAUUGUGAUGAAAAUGUCAAUAAUUCUGGUAAAAAUGGGAUUGAGAAACCUCAUUUACAGGAGAGUGAGAAUGGAUCAAAGAGUGAGGAAGAGGGUGAUGUUGAUGAGGAUGGUGAUCAUUUUGAUGAAAAUGGCAUGGAAGAUGAUGAAGAAGAGGAAGAAGAGUGCGAUUUGGGUAGCAUGAAAUCUAAAGCUAAAGGGAAGACUAGGAGCAGAAAAAGAGCUGUUGAAAUUGAUUUGACUGAUUACUCUUGGAUGUGUUGUGAUUGCCCUGAGGAAAUGAGUACUAUUGAUGACUUGAGAACUCACCAUUCUGAAGUUCAUAAGCAAGUGCCUAAGUAUAUGUGUGCUGAGUGCUCUAAAGUAUUCACCCACUACAUGGGAUUCCUCUCACAUUAUAGACGUCAUCUCGAAAAUGACAGAUAUUGCACAUGUGAAACAUGUGGUAAGUGUUUUUCAAACAAGAAGGCAUUGGAUUCACAUAGGAUUAUUCACUCUGAUAAAAGGCCACAUGUUUGUAACACUUGUGGAAAAGCAUUUAGGCAGCAAAGUGCUUUGUAUGUCCACUCACGUUGCCAUUUGCCUGAUGAACUUAAAAAUAAAUAUGCCUGUGAUGAGUGUGACAAAAGAUUUUCCACAAAGCCAAAUCUUGUGACUCACAAGCGUAUCCACACUGGCAUUCGAAACUACACUUGUGAUCAAUGUGGAAAGUCCUUUGUUCAGAAAGGGAAUCUUGAUGCGCAUCUUCUUACACACACCACUGCUAAGCCAUUUGCUUGUCAAGUGUGUGAUAAAAGUUUUAAGACUGAACUUCAACUGCGUAAGCAUGGAAGUGUUCAUACUGGUGUCAAACCCCAUCAAUGUGACAUAUGUGGCCGACAAUUCAGAGAAAGAGGAACUUUAAGGGAACAUCACCGAAUCCAUACUGGUGCAAUGCCUUUUUCAUGCGAGUUUUGUGGAAAGUCUUUCCGAUUCAAGGGUGUUCUUACUACCCACAGACGUCAGCACACUGGAGAGAGGCCAUAUUCGUGUGUUGAAUGCCAGCACCAUUUCACAAACUGGCCGAAUUACAACAAACAUAUGAAGAGACGACAUGGCAUUAAUACCAGUCGUCAAACACGAAUACCUUCAACAGAUAAUAGCUCCAACCAACCUGUUGUUGAAAGUAUGCCUAACUCCUUACCACCUCAAGCUCCAAGUCAGCAAACAGAGACGGACCCACUGGCACAUCCUAUGCAGCUUACACAUCAACAGGAGCAGCCUCCUGUAUCUCAUGAGCCGAGCCACCAGGAGCAUCAGGUUCCUCUCGGUCCGAGCUCUACUCCUUUACCUACAGUUUGUGAUCCCCAACUACAGCCUACUGCUUUGAUUCAAAAGCCUAGUAUGGAAACCCACCAACCUCAGCAUUUGUACCAUCAUGAAAGCACUCUAAGUCAACAUUCACUCCAAUCCCAUGAGGAUGAUUCCAUGUCAUCUCAUCAUGAGUUGUACCAACCAGUCCACACGGUGCAUUCACCCCUCUCUGCUCACUCUGCCCAUGCCGUGCGGCAGACCAUAAAUCUAUCAAGCCAUUUGGGUCAUGCAGGUCAUCCAAGCCACUUGCAUCUAGGUCAUGAUGAGAAUGAGGAGUCAAAAUAUGCAACCGAGAGAGAGAUCUUGCUUGGUCAAAUGGUACGGGACCGGGAUCGUCCACAUUUCUACAAUCCAGCGCCAGGAUCUUCAGUCAACACCAACCCAUAUCUUCAUCAAUCUUUGCAUCAGUCUUUGCAUCAUUCUUUACAACAAACGCAACUGCCUUUAUCUGGGUUAUAUGCCAUACCCCAGCUGUCAAUAGAUCCCUCUCACUUAGAGAUUCUUCAUUCGUCUGCGUCACAACAUAGAUGAUUGUUCUCGUUGUUAAUCCGUCUAUACCCUAAACAUCUCAUUCUUUUAAUUGCAAACUAGUAUAUGUUUGGUAUUCACUUUUACCAUAAAUUGUAUUUUUUGAAAGACUUAUGAACAGUCAUGCUGCUCUAAACAAACAAGUUUUGAAAUUCUGUAUCUUUGUUCUCCUACGCUAAAUUUACUGCAACGUAUAGUUGAUUAAAUAUUGAGUACUGUAUUGUGAUGAACUCUCCACCAAAAUUCUUCCUGGAAGAUAUAUGUUUUUUUAUUGUGGAUGAAAAAUUAUGUGAUGUUCAUAUUUUUAUGUUAGCCCAGUUUCUUUUGUUUGUUAUAGUUUUGUAAAUAUGUACUUCAAAUUAUUGUAAAGUGCCUGAGGUAAAAACACUCCUUAGCAGAAACAAUGAAAUUUUUUUAUUGGUCAGUGUAGGAGGUCUGUUGGACAGCAAUUCUUCAAGGAAAGUGUUGGGCCUUUUUUGUGAUAUUUCUGAUUAGAAUUUACAUUUUUAGACAACAAUUGUCAAAAACGAUAGUGUAGUGUGCUCAAUUAUCUUAAUAAAUUGAUGACUAACACUGAUUGUCAUUAGACCCACCCUUUUGACUGCAUGUGUCCUGGGUCUUUUGUAAGCUCUGUGAAAGUAAAGAUGCAGGUGCCAUUUUGAAAUUUCUAGGAAAUGUGGCCGACAUAGGUGUUGGUUACUUGUGGACCGCCCAACUCGAUCUUGUUUCAUUGUGUCUGAAGUGGUCUUCCUUUUUAUUUUAAUAUCACUUUUUCUCAUUAUUUUGUUCCCCAUUCUUAGGUGUGACUUGGUCUGAACCUUCUUUGUAUAUGCCAUGAUGUAGAUAAUUCACAGGUAAUCCCUAACUCUGGUAUACAUGCUUUACAUUCGUGUAUGUAUUGUUUUAUGUGCCAUACAGCUCCUUUCAGUAGUACUGCUCGAUUAUUCUAUUGAAAGAUGUUACCUUUGCUUCUUAGUAAUUUGGAGCACAAAGUGUUUAUUUGUUAAGCUGGUUUUAAUAUGUUCCUCUGCCUCCCAGUGUUUAAUGUCUGCCAUAAUUGACUUAUUGGUAAAGUUGCUAUCUCACCAUGAAAUGUAAGUAGUAAUAAUUACAAUUAUAAUUGUGUCUCCAGGUCGCUUAGUUUAUUGUUUGGUUCAAUUUUCAUCUCUGUUGAAAAGACAUUAGAGUAAGAAAAAGGCUCAUGUGUGUUUAUCUUUCCAUGGAGGGCAUGACAUCUAUUUUGGUCCCAAGUGUCUGAAUAUAGUAUUCUUGCUAAAUUUAUUGUCAUCAUAUGAAAUCAUUCCAUUAAUGUGUGAUCAUUAGGUUAAAUCAAUUUGGUGGUUACUCCACACUUUAUGUUUCCUAAAAUUGAAUUUUUCAUGACAUGAUAUUUCUUUUACUGUUCCCAUUGUAAACAGUACAUACUUUGAUGUCAUGUUACCUAUUGUAAAAUUAAGUGCCAUUUUCCUAUGUGGAAUCCUGAUCUCUCAUGAGACUACUGCCCACUCGAAUGUAGAAAAUCUGUUAUUUUUUAUGCUGUGUGUAACUUAAGAUGCCAAGCAUCAUUGAUAUUUAUACAUUUUAAGUUCUUGUUUUUAAAUGGAUGAGGCUGCAAGUGCCCUGCGGAACACUGGGUCGUGUUGCUUCUGCCAAGGGCGUUGUGAUGCGCGCAUCCACGUCGCGCCUCACGUGCAGUGAGCACCCCGAAGCCUCGGUGAUGUAGUAUCAAUGAAUAUUUGUGGGCCGUCUUUUUGUUUUCUUUGAUUGUACCCUUUAGAGAUCUCAUUUUGCCUUGUUUUAUGUAAGAGAAAUUAGCAGUUGUUAGUGAGUAGAAACCUCCAGUUCAAAAAUCAUGUAGAUUUACCCUAAGGUCUUCCCUCUUAUGUAAAGACGAGAGCUGUGUCCCUUUUAUAAAAGGCUCUGUAGUGACAAUACUUAUAGUGAGAAAGUGUGUGAUUCCUCAAUUAUUUUAAAACUCAAUCAAUUUCCUCUUUUUUUUCCUUUCUGUUAUUAGAAUUUGAAGUGUUUCUCAUUGACUCAGGACAAAGCAACUACCGUUGCAAUAAAUUUGUGAAUUCAGUUGAAUUACUCAUUUUUUCCACCUUCCCAGUAGUGUUUGUUCGUUUGUUUAAAUUUGUUGUCCAAUAAACAAUAUCACCACAAAA